GGCCCAGGAAUCCGCGGCGUCAGCAGACAACAGGAAAUAACUCCAACGUCGAACGGCGAAGCCACAAGCAGGUGUCCAAACGCUAGGUGCACGUUAUGUGCUAAGUCAGGGAUUUAGGUUAUUCGUUAGCUCUCUGUAAUUAAUUCAACGACAAUAAAAUCAUUCCAGUGUGGACCGUGUUGAAGUGAAGUUCAGUUUUAGUUUUUUUAAAAAUCCCCCGAAGAGUUCCAAAGAUUUAACUGGCGCAGUCGGAACGGAUUAGUGAAAAUAAGAAAAUAAAAACAGUGAUAGUAAUUUCGAGAGGAUAUCGGAAUUAAAAUCGACUCACGGAAACUAAACGGAGGAUCACCGUACGGUCAACCGGAAUCAUUAAGAUAAAUUUUCUAAGUUUGGCGCAAUCAUUCCAAUUAAAUCAAGGCAGAUACAGGACGUUCGGAAGGCUCUGUUGAAAUACUUCAGCACACACGGAAAACCUCAACUCAUCGUGAGCGACAACGAACCAGCCAUGAGGUCAAUUGAAGUCAGGGGACUUCUCAACGAUUUAAAUGUUCAAAUAUAUUUUACACCUACAAAUUGCAGCGAAACGAAUGGCACUGUCGAAAGAUUCCAUUCUACACUCGCUGAGAUUUUUAGGUGUAUCAGAUCAAAAUACGAACAGUUAUCUAACAAGGAAGUAUUUCGUAUUGCUUGUACCCUGUAUAAUGAAACCAUUCAUUCAGCUACAAAAUUGAAACCACGGGAAAUCUUCUUUGCCAUCAGAGAUGGUGACGACAGACAUCUCGACGUGGAUCAAAUGAUCGAAAGUCGGAACAAAAUGCACGAUGAAGUUGUCUUACAAUUACAAAAAACGCAACAUAAAACAAUUGAACAACAUAACAAUCAUCGCGAGGUCCAACCGAUUUUGCAGCCGAACGAAGAAGUUUUCCAGAAAGUCCAGGGAAUACGGAAUAAGACCAAUCCAAAGUACCUUCCGGUUCAAGUCGUCGAGGAUCAUACUAGAACCUUCAUUGACGACUCGGGUCGAACGCUACACAAAAAUAAUCUUAAAAAAAUAUGAGACACUCACACUCACACUUUUCUUUCCACAGAAUUCUCGUCAAACGCUGGCAAACGGAAAAAAUGCAACUCUUCUGCUCAUCCUAUCAAUGAACACCCCAUCCCAAAACCAAGUCCUACAGAUUAAUGAUAUUACCAACAACGCAGGAGCGUUGAUACUGCAAGAGGGAGAAGGGAGGAUAAUAGACGGUUACGACAGGUUGCUGCAUGUGAUUGACUUUGUAAAACUAGAAACAUCUGUGUUAUUUAUCGAAAACAUGAUUGGUCAGUUACAGAAUUCACCUAGUGACUUUUCGGACAUUAUAAAAAUGAAAUUGAAUGAAAUCAGAUUCCUUUUUAAUAUGCUACAAGUUAAACCAAACAGAAACAAAAGAGCAAUUAAUAUGUUAGGCAGUACAAUUAAAUUUAUCACCGGAAACUUAGAUGCAGACGAUCUAGCACUGAUUAACAGCAACCUAGACGAGCUUAGAAAAUCUGGAAACACUAUCAUAAAGCAAAAUAACAGGCAGAUAAAAAUUAAUACUAAAUUCGAAAACAGAAUAAACAUUAUGACAGAUCAAAUUAAAAACCAACAGAAUGCCCUAAAUAUUAUUCUUAAAGAUAAUGAUUACAUCAUUAGCGAAAACCAGAAAAUUCAAAUUGUCUUUCAACUAAACACAUUUAUAGAAACUCUAAAAUCAAUCGAAUACGCUAUCUUGCUUACUAAACUAAACAUUAUAAGUAAACUAAUUCUUACACCAAAAGAAAUUGAUCUAAUAGCACAGGAGAUUUCAAGCCAAGGUUUAGAAAUUCACAGCCUCGACGACACCAACAACUAUCUCACCACCAGCACCCUAUAUAGCGAAUCAACCCUCAUCAUCAGCGUUAACAUACCACGACUUCUUCCAAUCACAUACCGGAAAGUGAGCAUCGAACCUUUGCCAAUACUGAACCAUACAGCCAAACUGAUGCAUAAUGAAGUCUUAAUGAACUCAAAUCAAAUCUUAGCGAUUGUUUCAAAAUGCCAACAAAACCGCAAAGUUACCUUAUGCGAAAGAAGACAGGUAAUGGACAUUAGCGAAAACCCGUGUGAAGCCGCAUUAUUGCGAGGGCGUUUUGGACAUUGUAAUCUCGUGGAAAAACCUCCAACCACAGAAGUAAGAGAAAUAGCCCCAGGUACGCUGCUGAUACUAACCGUUCACCAAGACGUAAAUAUCAAUAGCACCUGUGGUAUCAAUAACAAAGCUCUGAGAGGCAUCCAUUUGAUAACAUUCCAUAAUUGUUCAAUUUACAUAAACAACGAGCUCUAUGAAAAUCUCGAAUUCCAAUUUUAUCAACCCAUAAUCACACCACUGGAACCGACGAAAAUAAAACCUAUGCAAAUUCAUAGACACAUUAACCUUUCGGAACUACAUGCCAUACACAUAGAAAAUCGAAAGCAUCUAGAGACAAUCGACAUUAAAAACAUAAUCGGAUUUGUAUCAAUAAGCACUUUAACAGUUUUUAUAUUGGCAGUUACAAUUUUUGGAAUCAUCAAAUACCAGCAGUUCGCGAAAACAGGUAAUUGCUCGGGACGAGCAAUACUUGCGCAAGGAGCAGUUAACGACGAAACCAAAUCUCAAAGUUUAACCGGCACAGGCCCAGGAAUCCGCGGCGUCAGCAGACAACAGGAAAUAACUCCAACGGCGAACGGCGAAGCCACAAGCAGGUGUCCAAACGCUAGGUGCACGUUAUGUGCUAAGUCAGGGAUUUAGGUUAUUCGUUAGCUCUCUGUAAUUAAUUUAACGACAAUAAAAUCAUUCCAGUGUG